UCCAUUUACUCAAGUUAGGGUGAAAUACCUCUAAACGUAAAGACGAUUUGGCAAUGUGAAUAUUAUCCCACAUGUUUUUUGAGUUGGAAAAAAGAAAGAGAGAAGUUGAGAGCGACGAAUUAAACUAAUCUAUCAAACAUACACAAGAGUCUACCAAACUGAGAACAACCAAAAGUUAAGUAGCCUUACAUAACAUUGCAUAGCGAAAACUAUGAUAAUGAAUAGCACUCUAGCACGCAAGUUCUAAGUAUUUACAACUGACACCACAGUCUUAUCACCUCCAACUUUCAUUGCCAAUGAUGACGGAGGAAUUUCAAUAUGGACCAGUAUGCAAGAAGGUGUAACAGUACAACGACUUUUAAGCAAUUUACGUUACUACUAGUAAGAUUGUUUUGAACAUUUCUUGCUUCCAAAGACUUGCUAGGAAUGUGCUAUUAUCUCCUAGGGAACGUCACUCAAAACAACGCUAGAGAAAUGACGCUUUGAAGUAUUCAAGUGCCAAACAAUAUUGUCGUUUCAGCAUGAUUCAGAAACUUUCAUGUCCUGUUUGUAAAUUAUUUGUCAGCGGUUUGAUCUGCUCAUAAGGGGGUGGAAUACCAACGAUUACCUGUAACAAAAAUGAAACGCUUUGAAAUCUAAUAUGAUCUCGAGAAUUUCAAUAUUCGCGCAUGCGAGCACCUGGUUGUACCUUAUAAACAAUGCAUCACACUUGGCGUCGAGCAGACGUGUUCAGAAAUGAUUAUGUCUCAGAUUGAGCGACGUUUUUCCGGUGCAAGUAAUUAACAAAUUGGUUGUCCACUUAGAUAUAGCCUUGCCACAAAUUCUCAUUGUCUUAUUGUUCGUUGCAUUCAUCUGCAGCACGCAUUCUGCCUAUUGGUAAUCUCUGUCGCUAUGAAAGGGACUCAAAACAAGAAACCAUUAAUAUUUAACCAUUGAGAUGAAUAGCGAGAAGGCGAGGGGCCGAUCUGCCCAUUUUGGGUCAUAAUUUGGAACCGUUUCCCACAUGACGUGACAUCGAUUUGGUGUCAAACUUAUUUCCCUCCGUCUGAUCGAAGUAAUGGCAGGAAAUUUAUCACAUGCACAAUUAUUUACUGCCCCAGAAUAACUUUGUUUCCAAUUACGAACGUCAGUUUUUGUAUCAUCUCACAGUAACGUUCAUUGAUGACGGCUAGCCACAAUCUAAUCUGUUUAUUGUAGCUAAUCCCGGGAAGUUUGGUAAUUGAAACAAACUGCUGGCCAAUAAAGGUUGAUAUCAUUACUAUCCAGAUGUACCUUUGUGUCAUAUUUUGGCCUGCAGUGACGAAGGAGAACGAGAAUCUAUAUAGGAUUCAUACGGAAAAUACACUUUUGGCUUGCUUUUACAUUAUUACAGCCAAGACUCUACUCGAAGGUCAGUUGAAUGCUUGGGUGAUCUAGCCAUAUAACUUUGAAAUUUAUAUCUCUUUGAUGACGAAGGGUGGUUUUUCCUCCUGCAAGUAUUUUGUUGAAGUAAUGCAUGUCUGUCGAUUGGUCAGCACAAAAGAACUACAAUGCGGGAGUGGAUGUAUUUUUUCCUGUUUUAUCAAUGAAUUCACGGUGGAAUUUCCGUAAUUCAACCUCACAUUCGUAUGGAAUAUCUUCCUGAAGGCUUCGAUUGCUCCGUGAACAAUCUAAUAUUCGUGACAGUGGUGCAAAAGUGUUGAAGGCUCCAAAUUAAGAGAGUGAUCACUGAUGCCAUGACAAACUCAAACGCUACAAGUUGAGAACAACGUCAUCCAGGAGCAUUUCUGUGGAAUAGUCUUGGGUCAAUAGCUCGGGGUCGACUUGCUUCAAUAGGCUUCAAAGAAGACAGAGGGCUACUCAAGAACUUGGUCUGAGAAGGCACAGUUCGAAUGUGUAACCAAACACCUUGGGCAUGUUCGCCUUUUAACUCAAACUCUCAAUUCUGAAAUUGCUGAUAAACACUUAUCUGACAGAUGAUGCGAUAAUUCUCGCUAAUGAGUCUUCACUUGUAAGGUCCAUUAGAGAGUUAUUCUUUUCCCAGAGCGUUUCUCGUGACCGACGCAGUUUUCAGCAUCGUCAUUCGAAGGAGUUCGUGCUAGGAACGAAAGAUGUUGAUCGCUCAGAUGUGGUGUUUACUCUUUGGAGCAACGAUAUGCUUAGAAGUACGAUCCCUCUCUUUGGGUCAUUCUGCGGACAACCAGCGUUCGGAAUUAUUCAAAGGAGCAGAACAAGCCAUGUUGCAAAAGAUGGGUUUACAAUCUCGCCCCAGACUGAGAAAAGGAGAAAAAGACAAAGUACCUCAGUAUAUGUUCGACUUGUAUCACAAUCACAUCAGUGAUCCAGAAUGGAUUUCUACCAAUUUUAGAAACAAGGGAAAAUGGACCUUUGCCAAUACCAUCCGGGCAUUUGAUCAUGAUGGUGACCAUCUGCCUGUUCCAGUGGCAGGAUUGGCCUCAAACGGAUGGAACCUCUUCUUCGACGUACGCUCCCUUCCCAGUCAAGAAACCUUGACGGCAGCAGAACUUCGUUUGACGUUUUCAGGCGCAAAGAACCACACUAACGAAACUGUUCCAGUAGUACAGCAUCGUGUGGACAUUCAUCAAGUCAUGUUACCGCAAACAGCUGGGCAUCCGGCUAUAACUCGUUUAAUAGACACAAAGAGAACGGCUGGUCGUGGAGUAGAAAUUUUCGACAUUAAAUCUGCAGUUCAACAUUGGGCACUUAAUCCCGAUGAGAAUUUUGGCGUUGAGGUACGUCUUGUCAGCACUGAUGAAUCUCCAAAUGUUCACAUGAGCGCGAACAAAAGAGCGACAAAAGACACUAAACCACUUCUGGUCACGUUCAGCCACGACGGGAAACAACACGUCUAUCGCCGUCGUAAACGAAGAAGUCGACGGAGUACGGGAAACCGUCUGGCGAAAGACAGCACCUACUGUCAAAGGCUGCCUCUAUAUGUUGACUUUGUAGAGGUUGGAUGGAAUGAUUGGAUCGUUGCACCACCCGGAUACCCAGCAUUUUAUUGCAAUGGCGAAUGUCCCUUUCCUAUCGCAGACCACUUGAACACCACAAAUCAUGCCAUUGUACAGACCCUUGUAAACAGUGUAAACGCGGACCUUGUGCCUCGUGCCUGCUGCGUGCCUACGACACUAAAUCCUAUCAGUAUGCUUUUCGUGAACGAGCACUCUAAGGUGGUGCUCAAAAACUACCAGGAUAUGGUGGUAGAUGGAUGUGGAUGUCGGUGAAGGAAGGGACGAGGAAGUAACAAAUGCCCAGAACCCCUGAAGCUAAACUGAUGUUAGAUUGCUUCGGUAGUAAGACACAACUGAGGCGAAUUUCUUAGCAAAUGGUCAAGAUCAACCAUACGAUCCUGUCCAGUUCUGCCAUCAGCCGUGGCUUCUUCACCGAGGAAACCACAACGUAGAACAGAUCUCAAAUUUAAAAACUGCACGUGCAUUGCCGAGAUGGAUAAAUAUAAAUACAGAAACAUGUGUACAUAACGACUGUCGACGAUAAAUGAUACGUCGACGAAAUAAAAUAGAGGUCAAUGAAAAACAAAAGAGGGAUAGCAAUGGAUAACGAACUCAGUUUUGUAUCAAAUUAGCGAUAAGUGAAUGGUUUUUUACCGUUUCUCCAUUUUCUUUUUAUAAAGCUGGAUUUUCAUAGAAGACAAAUCCAACAUCAGUAUUUUCCCAGACGGUUUGCUAAUUUCAUGGAAAGAAAUGAUCAAAAUUAAAGAUUUUUUAACCGAAAUAGACCGGAUACUCUAUAGUAUCAGACAGGAAUUCAAUUUCCGCGUCAUAAGUGUCGUUCCUUCCUUCGUAUUACGCCGUAUACUUCUUAAUAUUCAAAAUGAUUUAUGUCGUUAUGUAUAAAAGGGUUACUGAUGACAUUAGCUCAGCUUAAAACUAAAAUAAUGUAUAAUAUAUUUAAGAGACGGAGAUAGUUUCCUUAAUGCAAGCCAUUGCCCAAAGAAAGUGUAACUCCAGAUAGUGUAAAGAUUUCUGGUGUAAGAUUUCUCCUGAUCAGUUUGUUCAGUCUCUUGUUUAACGCCAUGUAACCUCGAGUAAGAACUGCAACUUGUUUUACCCAUCAGCAAAAUAAUUGGACCAGGCCAGAACGAAAACGCCGGUGUAUAGUCUGACCUUUCUAAUAUUUCCUCUUAAAUCAGUUAUGAUAAUGAAAUAAAAGUGAAGAAUAACUACGUCAAAUUAAAAUGGAGUAAGAUCUGG